GUUCAGUUUAUCGUACGCCCGCCGCCGGUUCAAAUAUCCGUCCCGUCGUCUCGCGUACACCUAUCAAAACUUAAUCAACUAACACCACCAGCUGUAGUCGUUUGUCGGUGUAAAAAAUAUUUAUAAUCCUUUUUACCAAUUUCCGAAACGCGCACGUUCGACCAGCAAUCGUUUUUUUCCUCUCCAAGUGCAACAACAGCGAUUUACUAAGUCGUCCGCAAUACAAUAUCGUCCAGUCGACAAACCGUGAGUUCGGUCUCUGCGACGAGCAAUACAUUCCAAUUCCGUACCGCGGAAACAUAUGCACAGGAGAUUGUGCAUACACGCAGCCCAAGACAGUAGAAAUGACAGACAGCAUGACGCGGAACUUCAAUAAUUACCCUUCCACUACAAAACCAGAACAACACGUCUCCAAACAACAAAUGGCAGCACAGGACGGUUACGAUAACCAAGGGAUGUUGAGAUCUGAGUUGGACAUCAACGGUAAACCCAUCAACGGAAACACUUGUAUCAACAUGGACAGCCUCAACAAGUGUGUCGCCAUCAAUACAAAAGGCGACACCGCCGCUCAGCUGAAUGAGAAACAAAAUUACUACAACCCAUACCAACACCGCGACGUAAAACACCCAACAUCAUAUUUUGACACUCUGAUACAUCUCUUAAAGGCCAGUCUGGGCACAGGAAUUCUAGCCAUGCCCAGCGCGUUCAAAAACGCCGGUUACGUGGUGGGUACGUUGGGUACAAUCAUCAUCGGAAUACUGUGUACAUACACGAUACAUCUGCUGAUAACCGCGUCGCACGAGCUGUGCAUCAAGAGGAAAGUGCCCAGCCUCACGUACCCCGGUACCGUGGCGGCUGCUUUCGAAGAAGGCCCGAAAUUCACCAGGGUAUUGGCUCCUUAUGCCAGAAUGAUGACAAACAUGUUCCUAGUCUUAUACCAAAUCGGUUCCAGUUGUAUUUACGUAGUGUUUAUUGCUAGCAAUCUCAAAGUGGUCGGAGACUUCUAUCUCGGCGGCAACACGGACGUGCGGAUGUACAUGGUGUACCUGUUGAUCCCACUGAUAUUAAUCUCUUGGGUAAGGAAUCUUAAACUCCUGGCGCCGUUCUCCUCAAUUGCCACUUGCAUGACCAUCGUGAGUUUUACGUUGAUUUUCUACUACAUUUUCCGGGAAUCUCCGUCGUUCGUCGGCCGCGAACCAGUCGGCACCGUCAACAGUAUACCAUUGUUCUUCGGUACUGUACUUUUCGCCAUGGAAGCCAUCGGUAUGGUCUUGCCGCUUGAAAACGAAAUGAAGAACCCCAAGAAAUUUGGCAGUGUGUUCGGUGUGCUUAAUGCUUCUAUGUUGCCCAUCUCUUUGUUAUACACAGUUGUCGGAUUACUCGGAUAUCUGAAGUACGGUGAAAAUACCAAAGGUAGCAUAACACUCGACAUGCCCCAGACCGAAGUACUCUCUCAAGUCGUGAAACUCCUUUUGUCAAUUUCCAUUUACUUUACUUACGCUCUGUCCAACUACGUCGCAUUUGACAUCGUCUGGAAGGGUAUGGAACAAAAAAUGGAAAAAAAUGAGAACAGGAUCUGCUGGGAAUAUGCACUACGCACGUCCAUAGUGAUCGUCACCUUUUUCUUCGCCAUCGCCAUACCAAACUUGGAGCACUUGAUCUCGCUUAUCGGUGCAUUCUGUUUGUCUUCUGUGGGCAUCGCGUUACCAGCCAUCGUCAGCUUUUUGACUUUCUCCGACGUCUACAAGGACGAAGGAAACUUGCGGUUUGGUCUAUUCUGCCUACGCAACUUGCUGAUUAUCCUCAUCGCCAUAUUCGCGUUCGUAAUCGGCGUGUCCACAAGCGUGUCCGACAUCAUACAUCACAUGACGUGAUUUCCUCAAUUUCAAACAGCAUGAAGUUCGUUUCUGUGACGGGUUUUAUGGUCAACCCACUCCAAAAACGGACUAUACGACAACUGAAAUAACAACAACAACAACAACAAAAAAAAAAACAACAACGAUGACGGCGGCCCGUUGGUUGUCGUGCUUUGAGUAGUUAAAAGUUUUUUUCAACCUCACUCACGAGUAACGACCAAUCAUUGUUAUAUAUUAUUACAUCGAUAUUACGCGUUUGCUUCGGUAAACUCUUAAACCGUGUAACGAAUAAGACAACUCAAAUCCAGUAUUCUAUAUCACGUCAUUGAACUACAAUUGUUUGCGUUAUUGGUUUAGAAUUUGGAAGGAUAAUGCCAACCCAGUAUUUUUAUUGUCGUUUUAGAAUAAUCGUAUUUGGUUUUAUUAAUAUUAUAAACUCUUAUUAAUGGAAUCCAACGUUUAAAAUCAAAAUAAUAAUAAUACCAACGUAGGUGUUUAGUUUUCCAACCGGUCCGAGUACGGCACGGCCCGGUUUUCAAAUUAUGUUAUAAUACUAUGUAUUUUAGUGUCAAUCAAAAUUAUAUUAUUUCACACGAAUAUGCGUGAAAUUCACAGUGCAUUUGAAAAAAAAAAUGGUUUUUAUUGACUUUAAAGCAACGCUCGGAACAAAUAUGAAGAAAAAUAUUCUUUCUUUUUUUUCUCCUUUUUAUAUUAAAUAUUUAACUUCACUCUGUACAAUGUUAUAAGUUAAAUGCUAACAAAUUUUAUUUGAUUUUCAAGCUCAUGGCCAUUAUUUUUUAAAAUUAAAAUCAAUUAACAGGACAUCAAAUAUAUAAGUUUUUU